AUGUCUAAUCCAAAGUCCAAGUUUGAAUCAUUGUCUAAUGAAAUUUUAAUGAUUGUUUUUGAACAUAUUGAAGUUGGAAAUCUAUUUUAUAGUUUUUAUAAUUUAAAUCAAAGAUUAAAUUAUCUAUUACUCGAUCAUCCUCUACAUUUUUACUGCACGAUUCGUAGUGACAGUAAUAGAAACAAUGGACAUUUCUUUCGUCGACUAUAUAAAGAUAUUAUUCUGCCUAAGAUUUCUAAUCAUAUACAAUCAUUAACAUUAAUUCAAUGUGAUGAUGAUGAUGAUGAUAUGUUAAAAACCUACUACGAUGAUUUAUUUCAUUUUAAAAAUGAAGAUAAAAAAUUUGUAUCUUUACGAUUAUUAACAUUGGAUAAUUUAGCUUUAAAAGACAUGGAACGUAUCCUUAAUCAAUGUAGUGGUCUACCAAAUAUAAAAUGUUUAAUUAUUUUUAAUGCAGAUUCAAAAGAGAACAUUAAAAUAAGUUCCAUUAUGAAAAUAAAUUCACUUUGUUCAUUUGAAUUGAGCGUAAAGAAAGAAAAAUAUUCCAUCUUAAAGCCACCAUAUUCAUUUAAUAUGAAUGAUAUGACUACGAUGACAACAACAUUAUUAAAUUCGAUAAAAUAUUUAACAUUACACAAUUGUUUUGCAUUAGAAAAUUUAUUCCUGUUAUGUGAACAUUUACCACACCUCAAAUUUUUAACUUUAAAUGAACUUAAUCUUUGGUAUAAAAUGAACAAUAUUUUUUCACCAUAUCCGUUAAAAUGUAAAGUAAAAUUUCAUUUAAGAAUUGGUUAUAAUACAAAUUUUAAUCAUAUUGAAAUACUUUUAAGUAAUAUGCCAAAUUUAUAUUCGUUAAAUAUUGAAGGUGGUAUUGAAUUCGAUUUGACAUUAUCAGAUGGCAACAGCAGCAGUUUUCUCAAUAGUAAACGAUGGGAACAUUUAUUAAUCAAAUUAACGAAUUUAAAACAGCUUUUUAUUGAUUUAAGAACGGGAUUUAAUGAUGAUAAAAAAAGUAUCCUAGGACAUGUAAAAGAUAUUUUAAUACCAUCGUUUCAUAAAAAUGAUUUUUUAUUUAAAAAAUGUAAUUUUUUUCUUAAAGUCUAUCCACAACAUAAUGAUAAAAAUUUUUAUCAUUUACGUAUAGUAGUUUGUAAUGAUACACUGUAA